UUAUAAAACAAUUUUAAAGUAAUUUUUUAAAAUCAUAUGUUAGUAUGAAGUUCAGAUUAGAAUCCUAUGGAGUGGGAAAUGAGCGUGUGUUGAGGUACUUAAAUGGAAAUAUCAUUAAGGAAUCUCCAAUACAACACUUCUUCACAGUAACAAAUAAUGAAAACAAGGAUGAAAAUAUCGAAGAAGAUACUAAUAAUCAAAAUAAUAACAAUGAAAUUACAUCAAGUAAGGAAGAAAAUAUAGAAUUAUCGGACGAGUUUCUGAGUAAAUUACAUGAAUUAAACUGUGAAAAUUGGCACCUGAUAGGAACAAACAUAUGUAUGUCAACAACGCUGAGAUAUGAAAAAGAAAAUCCACUGGAGUGGGAUGAGUCCAUGAAGGAUCAGCAGAUGGGAUAUGCAUCACUGUCGAAGAUCAAGUCAACAUUUGACCAUUUAAACGAGACUAAAAAACUCAAACUAUUACACACAGUCAAUAGAUUUGAUUCACAGACCCUUAAAUAUUCCAUUUUUGACAGGAAUGCGUCACUGGAUGAGUGUUCGAGUAAGUCGUUGGAACUAUCGCAGACCAUAUAUAACGGAAUCAAUUUGCAAAAUGAGUUCAUUAACGUGUUAUUGGAGUUGAAGAAGGAGUUUAAGUUAUUAAUGAGUCAUAGAAACCCAGUGGAUUUAACGUCACUGGAUGUUGACUUUCCCUCAUCAUUUGCACUGAAUGUGCUUUUUUAUGAUAUUUCUUAUUAUCCAUUUAGCAUUCGAUUACCAAAUCUAAACACCGACACAGAUGAUAAUCAGAAAGAUGCGGAAACUGGUCCAAGAGAAGAGUAUAUAUGGGAUAUAUGGUUAUACCACAGUGACAGUUCACCAUUUGUACCACAAAUAUGUACUAUAUACUAUAAUAACAUGACCGCUGAUGAUAUGGCAAAAGAAUUUAAGGAACUGAAUAACAUUAAUAACGUAAAAAUGGUGUUUCCUAUGGGAAUAUCACACUUUAUAGAGAAAAACUAUGGAUUGUGUGUUAAUGGAAGUUCAAUACCGUUAUACGAAAGGGAUGAAUCAAACCUAUUAUUAUAUCAUCUAAGAAGAGGUAGAAAUUGUCUAAUUGAUAGACAUAUUUUUCUGACAAUAGCACAAAUGUGUUUUGAUUUAAAUAACAAAACCAGUGAUCUUGACGGUGUAAAGAUUUUAUUUAUUGGAUCAGAUGGUGUAAGACUGGAGCUAAUGGGUAGAAGGGUAGAGAUAGGCUAUAAACCAGUAGAAGAAGUGGAAGCGGGAGAGGUAAUGUGGAAGUUAGUUAUAGCGAAAAUGAGAAGUGUACACAUCCAAAACUGGAAACAACAAAAGUACCAACUCGACAAUAAUAUACCAAAUAUAUUUGAAGAAACUGUUAAAUUUAUACAAAAUUUAAUAAAUUUUAAAAAAUAA